AAUCUCGAUAGUUUCUGUUUUAGUUUUCGUAAGACUCGAUUUGUUUCUUCUUCCUCUCGCUCUGCGCUCUCUCUCAAAUCCCUCCAAAUCAAAGCUUCGUUGAUCUUCCUUAGUGCAGCUUUCGUUUCCAAAGAUUACUCUGCGAUGGACUCAAAAUCUCUAGCUAAAUCGAAGAGAGCUCAUACUCUACACCACAGCAAGAAAUCGCAUUCUGUUCAUAAACCGAAAGUUCCUGGAGUCUCAGAGAAGAAUCCGGAGAAGCUACAAGGAAACCAAACCAAGAGUCCGGUUCAAUCUCGACGAGUCUCUGCACUUCCGUCGAAUUGGGAUCGGUAUGAUGAUGAACUUGAUGCAGCUGAGGAUUCAUCGAUAAGCCUACAUUCUGAUGUUAUUGUGCCAAAAAGCAAAGGAGCAGAUUAUCUGCAUUUGAUAUCUGAAGCUCAAGCUGAGUCUAAUUCAAAGAUUGAGAACAAUUUAGAUUGUUUAUCGUCGUUAGACGAUCUUUUGCACGAUGAGUUUAGUCGCGUAGUUGGAUCUAUGAUCUCGGCUAGAGGGGAAGGUAUACUUUCAUGGAUGGAAGAUGAUAACUUCGUUGUGGAAGAAGAUGGAUCAGGUUCAUAUCAAGAGCCUGGAUUCCUCUCCUUAAAUUUGAAUGUUUUGGCAAAGACGCUAGAGAAUGUGGACUUGCAUGAGCGACUCUACAUUGAUCCUGAUCUUUUGCCGCUGCCCGAGCUGAAUACAUCCCAAACAAAAGUUAGCCGCAAUGAAGAACCGAGUCAUUCACACAUAGCUCAAAACGACCCUAUUGUCGUACCAGGAGAAUCAUCAGUCAGGGAAGCUGAGUCGCUGGAUCAAGUUAAGGACAUACUAAUACUCACAGACGAGUCAGAGAAAUCUUCAGCAAUUGAAGCUGAUCUAGAUUUGCUCCUUAACUCCUUUAGUGAAGCACAUACACAGCCAAACCCAGUGGCCAGUGCCUCAGGUAAAUCUUCAGCUUUUGAAACGGAACUUGAUUCUCUUCUCAAAUCUCAUAGUAGCACAGAACAAUUCAACAAACCAGGGAACCCAUCUGAUCAAAAGAUUCACAUGACGGGUUUUAAUGAUGUGCUUGAUGAUUUGCUCGAAAGUACUCCAGUAUCGAUCAUACCACAGUCGAACCAGACCUCAUCCAAAGUUUUAGAUGAUUUUGAUUCUUGGUUAGACACGAUUUGAUUUAUUUGUUAACUUGCACCUUUUUGUAAAACUAGGUGAAUGAGAAUAUUUUGUUAUCUAGUACUGUUCAAAUCUCAAACUAAUCCAUAAAUAGCAAAAACAAGAUGAAAACUAAACCUGUCCAAAGUGACUUUUGUUUCUCUAGUUGUUAGGGCUGGGCUCCAAG